AUGCCAUCUUCAGAAGAUUUUGGAUCUCCUGGUAAGAAGGAACCUUCUCCUGAUUCCAUAUCGAUACGUUCCUUUAGCGCUGGGAAUAACUUCCAAUCAUCAUCAAGUGAAAAAACUUACUCUGACCAAAAGUCCAGCCGUGACAAACUUAUACAUAGGUUUGCGGACUCAUUCAAAAGAGCAGAACGUUGCACUACAAAAACUAAGCAAAUAAAUGAAAAUACGUCUGAUUUAGAGGAUGGCGUUGAAUCAAUCACGUCGGACUCCAAGUUGAAAAAGUCCAUGAAAUCGCGUCAUGUGGUUAUGAUGUCUCUAGGGACAGGUAUUGGUACGGGUCUGUUGGUGGCUAAUGCAAAAGGUCUUCAUUACGGUGGUCCCGCUGCGCUAGUAAUUGGUUACAUCUUGGUUUCUUUUGUGACUUACUUCAUGAUCCAAGCCGCUGGUGAAAUGGCUGUCACCUAUCCCACCUUACCAGCAAAUUUCAACGCAUACUCCUCUAUAUUCAUUUCCAAACCAUUUGGAUUCGCCACCGUAUGGCUUUACUGUUUCCAAUGGCUAACCGUUUUGCCUUUAGAGUUAAUAACUGCGUCCAUGACUAUUCAAUUCUGGAAUGAUAAAAUAAACCCUGAUAUUUAUAUUCUUAUUUUCUACGUUUUCUUAGUAUUCAUUCAUUUCUUUGGUGUAAAAGCCUACGGUGAAACGGAAUUCAUAUUCAAUUGCUGUAAAAUUUUAAUGAUAGCAGGUUUCAUCAUUCUUUCUGUUGUUAUCAACUGUGGUGGCGCAGGAGAUGAUGGUUAUAUUGGGGCCGCUUAUUGGCAUAAUCCAGGUGCAUUUGCAGGUGACACAUCGACCGGCAGGUUUAAAAACGUGUGCUAUAUUUUAGUUACUGCUUACUUCUCUUUUGGUGGUAUGGAAUUAUUUGCAUUGAGUGUUCAAGAACAGUCAAACCCUAGAAAAUCUACUCCCGUGGCAGCUAAGAGAAGCAUAUAUCGUAUCGUUGUCAUCUAUCUUUUGACUAUGAUUCUGAUUGGGUUUAACGUUCCAUACAAUGAUGACCAAUUAAUGGGUGCAGGUGGAUCUGCUACACAUGCAUCUCCCUACGUCUUGGCCGCAUCCAUUCACGGUGUGAAAAUUGUUCCACACAUUAUCAACGCUGUUAUUUUAAUUUCUGUCAUUUCAGUGGCAAAUUCUUCUUUAUAUGCCGCUCCAAGAUUGAUCUGCUCUUUGUCACAACAAGGCUACGCACCCAAAUUUUUAGAUUACGUUGACAGAGAGGGUAGGCCCUUGAGAGCGCUUAUUAUAUGUUGCGUUUUCGGUGUCAUUGCAUUUGUUGCUGCUUCAUCAAAGGAGGAGAUCAUAUUUACAUGGUUAGCAGCUAUUGCAGGCUUAAGUGAAUUAUUCACAUGGACUUCCAUCAUGCUGUCUCAUUUGCGUUUCAGACAAGCAAUGAAGGUACAGGGAAGGUCUCUAGACGAGUUGGGAUACAAAGCCACAACGGGCAUCUGGGGUUCCGUAUACGGUUUCUUUUUUAAUAUUUUAGUUUUUGUUGCCCAAUUCUGGGUGGCAUUGGCCCCCUUGGGUAAUGGGGGCAAAUGUGAUGCGGAGUCCUUCUUCCAAAGUUACCUAGCUUUCCCAAUAUGGCUGGCUUUCUACUUAGGAUAUAUGGUUUACAAUCGUGAUUUUACCCUAUUAAAUCCCCUCGACAAGAUCGAUCUGGACUUUCACAGGCGUGUUUAUGAUCCAGAGCUAAUGAGACAAGAAGACGAAGAAAACAAAGAAAAACUGAGGAAUAUGUCUUUGAGGAGGAAAGCUUAUCAUUUCUGGUGUUAA